ACACUCAUUCAGUAGAAGACCUGGCCAUCCAAAUAAAUAGAAAUUUGAUAAGAAAAGAAAUGAGGAAGAAAGAUCCAAAUAUUGAGAGAGAAAUAGGAAAUUUAAGAACUAAACUGAGAAAAAUGAAUAAAAUGGAUAAAAACUUGGAGACUCGCCCAUCUAUUAACUCAAAAAGACAGAUGACUGCCACCAGUAAAGUAGAAAACACACAAGAAAAACAACAAAUACAGAAGAGACUUGAAAAUCUUACUGAAAUCCCUCCAGACUGUACUUAUGCUAAUUCUAAAGCUGUGGAUAAACAAACCUUGAUGAAGAUCUUUUUGACAUUGAGAUAUGAGAGAAAAGCUUCUGAACAGAAGGACUUGGCACAGAGGGGUAUUGGAUAUCAUCAUGCUUCUAUGACCCUCAAAAGAAGACAAGUUGUGGAAAUGCUUUUCAGAAUGGGAUAUAUCCGGGUGGUCACAGCUACGUCAACAUUGGCCUUGGGCAUCAAUAUGCCAUGUAAAUCUGUUGUCUUCUCUGAAGAUUCUGUCUAUUUAGAUGCUGUAAAUUAUAGACAGAUGUCUGGCCGUGCUGGAAGACGUGGACAAGAUUUGAUAGGAAAUGUGUUCUUCUAUGAUAUUCCAAUGCCAAAGGUUGAAAAACUUAUAAAAUCCAAUGUGCCUCAACUGAAAGGCAAUUUCCCUUUUAGUAUGUCCCUGGUGCUGAGACUCAUGCUGUUGGCAGCAAAAGCAGAUGACAAAGUGGAUGCCAAAGCAACGGUGCUAUCAGUGUUGAAGCAUCCAUUGAUAUCCUUCAAACAACCAAGGCAUAAUGAAAUGUUAAAAAUAUAUGUCAUCUUUUCUCUGCAGUUUCUUCUCAAAGAGGGCUAUCUGGAUCAAGAAUGUAACCCCAUGGGAUUUGCUGGACUUGUGUCCCAUUUCCAUUAUCGUGAGCCUUCAAAUUUUGUCCUGGUCAGCUUCCUUGUGAAGGGAUUAUUCCACAAAUUGUGCCAGCCAGUUGAAGGUUCAACUGUUUUCUCUGAAGAUGUGAUGGAAACAUUAGUGCUAGUAUUAGCAAACCUAUUUGGAAAAAGAUGCCUACCAGCUUGUGCUAUGAAAUUUAGGAAAAAUAUUUGCCAGUCAAAGGUGUUUCUAGAAGAUCUCCCAGAAGAGUUCGCUGCAGCUGCUGAUGAAUACAACAGCAAAGUAGAAAAAAAUUUUGCUUGCUUUCUUCUAACAACUGCCAAGCUGACUGACAGAACAGGAAUACAAACUUCCUUUGUCAAAGAUAGGCUGUUUUACGUACAGUUGGUGUUAAUAUUGGAAAUGCUCCUUUGCUUUGGUGGAAGAAGCAUGAUUAUCAAGGAAGAAGAAUGCCACUCAAUGCUUAUGUACUUGACUUCUAUAAGCAUGGCUCCUUGGCUGCUCUGGUAAAAGACAACUGGUUAAGUGAAGGAGGUGCUUACAAACUGCUCAAAAGAUCUUUUGCUUCUCAUUAAAGAUAUCAGGUAUGAUAUAUACUUUUAUAUCCUUAAAUUAAUUUUGUUUGGACCUUUUAAAUCAAUUUAAAAGAAACAACAUUUUUUUCUCUUUUUUAUA